AUGGCAGAAGUUGCAGUAAACUACCUACUUGACAAGCUCAAGAACUUUCUAGAGGAUGGGGUUCAAGUCUUGGGAGGUGCCGAGGAAGAAAUUAAUUCGGUGAAGAGACAAGUGGAGUACAUAACGGCAUUCCUGAGGGUUGCAGAUUCCCUAGAAGAGAGUGAUGAGGAAGUCAAAAUUUGGGUGAAGCAGCUGAGAGAAAUCGCAUAUGACACUGAAGACGCUCUUGAUGAGUUCAAACUUCUGCUGGCGCAUGAUCAUGGAAUUGGUUUUCCCGGUCUUCUCUCCAAGUUGUCCUGCUGUAUCAAGAACAUGAAAGGUCAAUACCGAAUUGCUUCGGAGAUGAAAUCCAUCAACUCCAGAAUCAGGAACAUAUACGAUGGACCCUGGAUAGUCCGAGACAAAUUAAAUAAAGUCGAACAUCACUAUGGCUCUAGUAAGCCAGACCACACAUGGCAGGACCAGCGAGGUAAUGCCCUUCUUUUGGACAAAGCUGAGCUCGUGGGCAUCAAUGAACCGACAAAAAAACUGGUCGGCUGGCUGAUUGAGGGCGCAUCCAUGCUGGAAGUAAUCUCAGUCGUGGGGAUGGGAGGACUGGGGAAAACUACAUUAGUGAAGCAAGUUUAUGAAGAUCCAGAAGUAAAGAAACAUUUCAUGGUACGUGCUUGGAUAACUCUUUCUCAAUCUCCAAAUACAGAAGAGAUCCUCCAAGGCAUGAUUAGACAAAUUAUGAGGGAGACUGAAGAACCAGUUCCUCCUCCAGAGGACAACAAGGACAGGUUAUGCCAGAAGAUGAUUAUCAAGGAUUUGCUACAAAAAGCAAGCCGAAUAAUCAUCACAUCUAGGAAUUCUGAUUUAGCACAUACCUCGUGCGGGGAAUUCAGAGGGAUGGUUUACAAGAUGAAGCCACUGCCAGCUAUACAGUCAUGGAAGCUUUUCUGCGCAAAGACAUUUCAGGGGAAUCCAUGCCCUCCUCAUCUAGAGGAGACCUGUAAGCUUAUUCUAAGAAAGUGCGAGGGGUUGCCACUUGCUAUUGUGGCCAUCAGUGGUGUUUUGGUUUCAAAAGACACGAGAAAAAAGGAGGAAUGGGAUCUGGUCUGUCGCAGUCUUCGUAGUGAAAUCAAUUGCAAUGACAAAUUCAGAACCUUAAAGAGAGUCCUUUCACUCAGUUUUGAUGACCUGCCGUACUACUUAAAGUCCUGUUUCCUGCACUUGAGCGUGUUUCCCAAGGGUUGCAUUAUUGACUGUGGAAGACUAAUUCGAUUAUGGAUUGCAGAAGGAUUUGUAGACAAGAAAGAAGGCAUGACGGAAGAAGAAGUAGCCUAUGACUACUUAAAUGAGCUCCUGAACAGAAGCCUGAUAGAGGUGGCUGUUAAAGCAAACGGUGGAAGGAUGAAGUAUCUCCGUAUCCAUGAUUUUCUGCUGGAUAUUAUGACUUCUAAGUCAAGCAACCAAGGCUUUGCAGAAACAGCCAUAGAAAAACAUCAAAAAUGGCCAGAUAAAGUUCGUCGCCUAUCUAUACAGACCAGCCUGCAAGCUAUGCAACAGAAAAGGUCAUUGUCUCAACUACGUUCUUUAUACAUGUUUGGGGUAGAGAAAUCUUCAGUGGUUGCUGUUCUAGGUAGUGUAAUGAGACUGCUCACUGUUCUGGACUUGCCAGCAGCUCCUUUGACAAGGUUCCCAGCUCAAGUUGCUGAGUGGUGCUACCUGAGAUAUCUAAGUUUCAGGUACAGCAAGGUGAGAACUGUUCCAUAUUCCAUAGGGAACCUUCAAAACCUAGAGACCCUAGACCUUAAACAGACAUAUGUCACAGAAUUACCAGUUGUGAUCUUGAAGCUCCAACGACUUCGCCAUCUACUCGUAUAUCAUUAUGCAAACAUAGGCUACCCAUGGGGUAAGUCUGGCUUCAAGUCCCCAGAAGGAAUGGGGCUCUACAGUCCCUGCAAAAGCUCUGCUUCAUGGAAGCAGGUGACAGGAGAAACAACAGCUUAA